AUGUUUGAAGCCAAACUCGCAAAUGCUGCCCUUCUUAAGAAAAUAAUUGAGUCGAUAAAGGAUCUUGUUACUGAUGCUCCUUUUGACUGUUCUGAGUCGGCAAUGUGCCUUCAAGCUAUGGACUCGUCUCACGUGGCGCUCGUUUCAUUGAAGCUUGAGGUCGGGUUGUUUGACACAUACCGAUGCGAUCGAACGAUCAAUCUGGGUAUGUCAUUGGCGAACAUGUCGAAAGCGCUAAAAUGUGCCAAUAAUGAUGACACCUGCAUGAUCAAAUACGAGGAGGGUGAUAGUGACAGUAUCACAUUCACAUUUGCUGAUACGAAGAGAGAUAAGACUCAGGAUGUGACUGUGAAAAUGAUGGAUAUUGACAGCGAACACCUUGGCAUACCAGAGCAAGACUAUGCAGUAGUUUGUGAAAUGCCGUCCUCAGAGUUCCAGAAGACUUGCAAAGAUAUUUCAAUGUUCAGUGAUUCUCUUAAUAUCACUGCUACUAAGGCUGGUAUUGUCUUUACUGGCAAGGGUGACACCGGUCAAUCCGUAAUCACUUACUCGCCAAAUAGCAGUGCUGAUAGCGAAGAUGAGGCAAUUACCUUAGAAGUAACAGAUCCAGUAAAUGUGAACUUCUCGAUCAAGUACAUGAACCAGUUCACCAAGGCCACAUCUCUUUCAAGCCGUGUUCGCAUUUCACUGUGCAACGACGUUCCGAUUGUGAUCGAAUAUCCUUUGACAGAAGAUGGCAAGCACAAGAUUCCUCUGCCUAAUUUGGGCCUGAAUGCAUCUGCUCACCAGGUUGGAGGACUUGAAUGUGCUAUGUAA